AACAAAAGUAGAAAAUUUCAGCUACAUGUCUGUUGCUGGCAGAAUACUUAUUAAUUAGUCAUGCCUGAAAAGGGAAAGUCUCAUUUAGAGAGCUGACUACAGCACAACUGCACAUGUUUGUCCUAGAUGUCAAGCACCUCUCCUUUCUGCUGGAGUGAAAAUCCCCUCCAGAGAUCAACUGAGUACCAACUGCAGAAAAUGCUUUGCGUUUUAAGGAUGUCAGCAACCUAAAUUCAUGCACCCUGUGUGUGCACUUGUGGUGGACGGUUUGCCAUCUGAAAGCUCCUCAGGUUCUUAUCCAGGCCCAGUGUCUGUUUCUGACAUGUCUCUGCUUCAUGCUUUGGGCCCAGUGCAGACCUGGCUGGGACAAGAGCUGGAGAAAUGUGGCAUUGAUGCCAUGAUUUAUACUCGAUACGUCCUCAGUCUUCUGCUGCAUGACAGUUAUGACUACGACCUGCAGGAACAGGAGAAUGACAUCUUCCUGGGCUGGGAGAAAGGAGCUUAUAAGAAAUGGGGAAAGAGUAAGAAAAAGUGUUCAGAUCUAACACUAGAAGAAAUGAAGAAACAGGCUGCUGUCCAGUGUCUUCGAUCAGCUUCUGAUGAAAGCUCUGGAAUUGAGACCUUAGUGGAGGAGCUCUGCUGCAGACUGAAAGACCUGCAGAGUGAGCAAGAAGAGAAGAAUCACAAAAAGCUAGAGGGGUCACCCUCUCCAGAGGCGGAGCCGUCCCCCACAAAGGAUCAGGUGGAAAUGUACUACGAAGCAUUUCCACCACUUUCUGAGAAACCAGUUUGCCUGCAAGAAAUCAUGACAGUGUGGAACAAGUCCAAAGCCUGUUCUUACUCUAGUUCCUCCUCCUCCACAGCCCCCCCAGCAAGCACAGAUACACCCUCUCCAAAGGACUGUCAUAGUGAAGGCGAAGUCACCAAGGAAAGAGGUGCCCAAGUGCCCACCCUUAGUCAUGAGAAAACGCAGAGCAGAAGCAGACAUAAUAAGGAGAACAAUGUGAGUCCCAGCACUUCUGAAGAUAAGCCUGCCUUGUAUAGAAAGCAAAUCAGACAUAAACCUGAAGGGAAGAUUCGUCCUCGCUCAUGGUCUUCUGGCUCCAGUGAAGCAGGCUCAAGUUCAAGUGGUAAUCAAGGUGAAUUAAAAGCAUCUAUGAAGUAUAUGAAAGUGAGACACAAGGCACGAGAAAUCCGAAACAAAAAAGGGCGGAAUGGCCAAAGCAGGCUGUCACUGAAGCAUGGUGAGAAGGCAGAAAGAAGCGUCCAUGCUGGUGCUGGUGCUGGUGCUGGUGCUGGUAGUGGCAGCAGUGGUGGCAGCAGCAGCAGCAGCAGCAGCAGCGGGUCCAUCAGGCAGCUGUGCAAGCGAGGUAAACGACCAGUGAAAGAGACAGGGAGGAAAGAUCCUGGGAGCAUGGGAGGAAAAGACCUGUGUGCAGAGAGCAGAGACGACAAAGAGUACAAGGAGGAGCCCCUGUGGUACACCGAACCCAUUGCUGAAUACUUCGUUCCAGUGAGCAGAAAAAGCAAGCUAGAGACCACAUACCGAAACAGACAAGAUGCAAGCGCUCCGACAUCAGAGGCAGUGGAAAACUUGUCUGAGUCAGUGCAUGGUCUUUGUAUCAGCAACAGUAAUAUUCAUAACACAUACCUCUCAGCAGGCACUUUCAUUGAGGGUCACUUUGUAGAGAUGCCUGCCGUUAUAAAUGAGGAUAUCGACUUCACUGGGACCUCAUUAUGUUCUCUGCCAGAGGACAAUAAGUAUUUGGAUGAUAUUCAUCUAUCAGAAUUAACACACUUCUAUGAAGUGGAUAUUGAUCAAUCCAUGUUGGAUCCUGGUGCCUCAGAAACAAUGCAAGGAGAAAGUCGGAUUUUGAAUAUGAUUCGACAGAAAAGCAAAGAGAAUACAGAUUUUGAGGCCGAAUGUUGCAUAGUGUUAGAUGGUAUGGAGUUGCGAGGGGAACGUGCAAUAUGGACAGAUUCUACUAGCUCCGUGGGUGCCGAGGGCUUGUUUCUGCAAGACCUUGGCAAUCUGGCUCAGUUUUGGGAGUGCUGUUCAUCCAGCUCUGGUGAUGCUGAUGGGGAGAGUUUUGGAGGAGACUCUCCGGUCUUGGACAGCACAAUGCUCAAUUCACACUUGCUUGCUGGCAAUCAAGAGCUCUUUUCAGAUAUGAAUGAAGGAUCUGGUAUAAACUCUUGUUUUUCAGUGUUUGAAGUGCAAUGCAGUAAUUCUGUUUUACCAUUUUCUUUUGAAACACUCAAUUUGGGAAAUGAAAAUACAGAUUCUAGUGCUAAUCUGCUUGGGAAAACACAGUCUAGAUUGCUAAUAUGGACCAAAAAUAGUGCCUUUGAAGAAAAUGAACACUGUUCUAAUCUUUCAACAAGAACCUGUAGUCCGUGGUCCCAUUCAGAAGAAACACGUUCAGAUAAUGAGACAUUAAACAUUCAGUUUGAAGAAUCCACACAGUUUAGUGGAGAAGAUAUUAACUAUGUAGUUCCUAGAAUCUCAUCAAAUUAUGUGGAUGAAGAACUUCUAGAUUUUUUGCAAGAUGAAACUUGCCAGCAAAACAGUAGAACUUUAGGGGAAGUUCCUACAUUAGUUUUCAAGAAAAGAUCUAAACUAGAAUCUGUCUGUGGUAUUCAGCUAGAACAAAAACCAGAAAACAAAAGCUUUGGAACUACACAAGCAGGUAGUGAGAGCAGUCCACACGGAGAUGGCUACAGCUCAGGGGUCAUUAAAGACAUUUGGACAAAAAUGGCAGAUGGAAACUCUGCAGCUACGGUAGAAAUGGAAAGAGUUGAGGAUGAAUUGUUCUCGACUGAUGUAAAUAACUACUGCUGCUGUUUGGAUGCCGAAGCUAAACUGGAGACCCUUCAGGAGCCUAGCAGGGCUGUGCAGAGAUCAGAAUAUCAUCUCUGGGAGGGGCAGAAGGAGAACCCGGAGAAAAGAGCAUUUGUUUCUAGGGAGCUGUCAAAUGUGGAUGGUGGUGACUAUACCACACCUUCUAAACCGUGGGAUGUGGCCCAAGAUAAAGAGAAUGCAUUCAUUCUCGGAGGAGUUUAUGGAGAACUCAAGACCUUCAACAGCGAUGGGGAGUGGGCAGUUGUACCACCUAGUCACACAAAAGGAAGCUUGCUGCAGUGUGCCGCUUCCGACGUUGUGACAAUAGCUGGCACAGAUGUCUUCAUGACCCCUGGAAACAGCUUUGCUCCUGGUCACAGGCAAUUAUGGAAGCCCUUCGUGUCAUUUGAGCAGAACGAUCAGCCCAAGAGUGGGGAAAAUGGAUUGAAUAAGGGAUUUUCUUUUAUCUUCCAUGAAGACUUGCUUGGGGCAUGUGGUAACUUUCAAGUGGAAGAUCCUGGGCUUGAAUAUUCAUUUUCCUCCUUUGACUUAAGCAAUCCAUUUUCACAAGUUCUUCAUGUAGAAUGUUCAUUUGAACCUGAAGGGAUUGCAUCUUUCAGCCCUAGUUUUAAGCCGAAAUCAAUCCUCUGCUCUGAUUCAGACAGUGAAGUUUUUCACCCCAGAAUAUGUGGUGUUGACAGAACACAAUACAGGGCUAUUCGGAUUUCUCCGAGGACUCACUUUCGUCCAAUUUCUGCAUCUGAACUGUCCCCCGGAGGAGGAAGUGAGUCGGAAUUUGAAUCUGAGAAAGAGGAAGCCAGUAUUCCCAUUCCUUCUCAGGUUGAUGUGUUUGAAGAUCCACAGGCUGAUCUCAAACCUCUGGAAGAAGAUGCAGAGAAAGAAGGUCAUUACUAUGGAAAAUCAGAGCUGGAGUCUGGGAAAUUCCUCCCCAGGUUAAAGAAAUCUGGAAUGGAGAAGAGUGCUCAGACAUCGCUGGAUUCCCAGGAGGAGGCCGCUGGAACUCUGCCGGCUGGAAAGCAGAACCAGUGUUUGGAAUGUAGCAUGGAUGAAUCUCUGGAGAUAGAUUCAGAAAGCUCAGAAGCAAAUUGUAAGAUAAUGGCACAGUGUGAGGAAGAAAUUAAUGAUUUUUGCAGUUGCAAAGCAGGCUGUCAGUUCCCUGCUUGUGAAGAGAAUCCACUUUCUUCCGGACAGCUGGAAGAGAUUGGGAAGAAAGAAAAAGAGGAAAGAAGCAAGAUUCUACAUCAUACCACUACCAUAUUCCUUCGCUUUCUAUUUCCUGUAUUGAACACUGAUGUGCAAGAAAUGAAUACAAAUCAAGGAAAGCAGAUGUGGUGGGAAAAAGCUUUGUAUUCUCCUCUUUUUCCAGCAUCAGAAUGUGAAGAAUGUUAUACAAAUGCCAAGGGAGACAAUGGUAUAGAAGAAUAUCCAGAUGUUAAAGAAAUACCCAGUAAUGAAGAGCGUCUGUUAGAUUUUAAUAGGGUGUCUUCUGUUUAUGAGGCACGAUGCACAGAAGAGAGAGGUUCUGGAGCAAAACCGAAUGGCCUCCGCCGGAAGACAUACUCCAGCGCCAGCUCCGACUCCCGGGACUCUGGCUCCGAAGGCGGCCAGUGGGCGGGCCCCAGUGGAGAGGAGCUCUUCUCCCGAACUCACCUCUGACCCUGCAGAGUGGCUCCGCUCGUGUCAAACGAUGUGUGACGGGAAAUCGCCUUCUGUGAGGCCUGUUAGUCUAAAGCAGCAACUUAGGUUUCUUCUUCAAUUAACUGAUUCACAUCAGUGAUUCUCUUUCUCUUCUUGCUUAUUUUAGAGUUGAGGACAGCUGUCCUGUUGAAGAUUUGUUUCCCAGCUGUUCAGUUCUUGCUAUCUGAAGUAGACUAGACUGUGCUGUCCAGUGAAGAAUGGGUGUGCAUGUGCUUGUCUUAGAGGUGUCCCCGCUCCUGCAUCGCAGCUGCAGGCCUUCCUUCCCCUCGCUGCCGCUGCUCCGCCAUGACCCACCCACAUAGCAGCGCCAGCAGCUGUGGCGCUGGCCAGAGACUAGCCAUGUUCUCUGAGAGCCAGGAGAUGGGCCCUUCCCUGCACUGGGCCAGGGCCUUUCUGAAGGCAGGAGGGAGGCAUGGCGACUCAUCCGCGGUCCUUCAGUGAAGCCUCAUGGACUCUUGACUAGGACCCGCGAGGGUGUGCGCUUAGAGACUUAGUAAACUACUACUGUGUUUUCUCUCUUAGAGUUUCCCUCUAAAGUAUCACGGAAGAAACUAUGACUUGUUACUCUUGCUAACUGAAGAAGCCAAGGAUUUGGGGGGUGGGACAGGAGAUGAGGGGGGGAGGGGUAAGGAUGCCCCUCACCCACCCCUCAGCCCAGGGUGAGGCCCUUGGUUGCUGUUCAUUGGUGACUACUUUGAGUUGUAGUCCUCAAAACUUGGAAGUUACAAACAUUUGACAUGCAAGAAGGAAGGCCUUAUCACCCCAAAGAAAUCUUGGCUGCUGCAGCUAGCUGCUUUGUAGCUGUGAUGUAGUAUAGCUUGCUUCUUACUUUGUGUUUGAGAGAAUGUUCUGGGAAGUUCUGUGUGCUGUGGGCUGGGAUGGGUAGAGUAACUUUUUCUGCGUAUCGAUCGGUGUGACUGCUGUUCUGAUCAUCGCCUCGUGUGACUUGCUUUCCAGUUGCCUUGGGUUCCCCCAAGGAGUCGGUGCAUCUCGCAGGAGGCGUGUGCAUGCACCGCCCACGUCCUCCAGCGCUCACCACACUGUGCAGCAGGGUGAUGCGAGGUUAGGAGCAAAAAGCGCAAAAUCGAAACAUUCUAAAUCAUUUUCCUUUUUUAACCAGCUCGCUGUUUUAAAACAAAAACAUCUAGCCUGUAAAAUCAGGUUAGCAUGUCUGUGACAUCAGGGAUGUUGGAGAAAAGUCUGACAGCGUCACCACUGACUUGGGCAGGCAGUGGACACAGGAAUAACGAGCUUAUUGGCUGGGAACUGAACUGCCCCACAAAGUACUUGGUCUGAAGCAGUUAAGUGUGUUGUGUUUUCUUAAUUGACAACGUAGAAAGCAGCAUCAAUGCUGUGUGGAGUGCUGGAGUUGUGUGUGUCCUCACCAUGGGAAGCCUGGAUUGCUCUCUGGGGUCCUCACUGCCUGCUAGGGUUUAUUUUUAUACAGCAUACCAUCAUCCUUUGACACUUUACAGUGGAUUUGUGUGUGUGUGUGUGUGUGUAUGUAUGUAUGUAUGUAUGUAUGUGUCUGUGUAUGGGUGCGUGUGUGCAUGUGUAAGGUUUUUUUGUUGCACUUAUUUAUUUAUAGACAUCAGAUAAGUUUUUAUGUAUUUUCUUUCUUCUAGAGCUUCCUAAAAUUUGAUUAGCAUCUGCACUGAAAUAUCACUUAAUAACAUCAAAGGCAAAAAAAAAAAGGAUUGGAAAUUGAAAAUUCCUAAAAUCACUGCAGUGACCAUUAUCCUAGGAAUCGUUGCUUAUGUAGCAGAGACCAAAUAAAUAGAUUUCCGAUACAACCUUGAGCUCAGCUGAUUUUGGACAGCUGCUGCUCAUCAUGAAAGGGCUCCAAAGUGACAAAGGAGCUGACAUCCUCCAGCGUGGGGGAGGGGCUAUAGAACGCCUUCCGAGGGGGACGGGAAGGCUGAUGAGCAAAGGAUCGACAGAGUCUAUUUGUUUUCAUAGUGAAGUGGCUAAAGCUCAGAGGCUUUUAGCACAGAGUUGAAAGUGUGGUUUUUAAGUUUUGUGAAUGGAUGAUCACAAAAAGCAUUAAAAACAGUUGGCAAAUGCUGAGCGCGCUAUGGUGUGGCGCAUACACUCUGCCAUGGUGUGACAUGCUCACUGUGAUGUGCCGUGCACACUACCCUGUGGCACA